CACACCCUGCAACUGGUCAAUGUGUUGUAAGAAAAUCCCAAUCGGGUCCAUUGACGUUGGGUCCUUGCUCUAGCUCUGAUGCAUGGCACUUUUCACGUGAUAAGAAGGUAUUGAGGAUCAGAGGAACACCCUUCUGCUUACGAGCAGGAGAAGCAGGGAAACCAGCCCAACUUAGCAAAGAUUGUGCCGACUGCUCUUUCUCUCUUUUCAAUAUCUGAUUAGAUGAAUUAAAAUUCUUUUUCAGCUUCCUCUGCCGUGAAUGACCUAGCUUCCUUUGUGUGUGCCGACUGACUGAAUUGAUGUGCUCCGACGAUUUUAGAUGAAUUGAUCCACCAUUUUUACGAUUGCCCUGGCGAGUUUACGGUUGUUCUUCUAACUUUGACGAAUACUCCGACGAUUUUACAAUUGUUCUAUAAUUGUGAGUAUGAAAUCUCUCUUUAUUUUUGAGUUCCUUAUUUUAGCUUUCCCCUUCAGAUUUAGUAACUUUAUGCCCUGAAAUUUGUCAAUAUGAUAUCCACAUAUAUGCAUUAAGUACAACAUAUACGACUUCAGUUAGUGUUCGACCAUCAGUUUUUGUCAAUGCCAGCCUCCUCCUCAUGAUUUCCUCUGUAUGCUUUAUUGCAUUAAUUAAGUUCAGUAAAUGAGAAUUAUAUACUGUUUGUGCCUAUUAUGGUUAAUUGUUUUUGCCCUUAUCUUUGUUCUGCCGUUUGCUUUUCUGCUGUUUCUUUUAGAGUUGCUGACUGGAACAGUAAAAUUGAGUAUGCAAGGACCAUGUAGUGGUCGUCCAAACUUCUUAGUCACCCUGAAAUAACAUAUAUAUGAAAAUAACAUUAUAAUGUCAACACUAAUCUAUGCACUCACUAAAUGUUUAAUGCAAUAAAGAAGUGGGGAUUUUCCAUAAGUGGGUAUAAGCUGUCUAAACUAAACCAGUUCAGUCCUAGUAUCCCUGUUUUAUUUCUCCUGUUUGGAAAUGGAUUAUUUAAUUAGUAAGAAAAGCAGUGACAUGCCUCUAUUAUAUAGCUAUAAUAUAAAUGUGAAUGUAUUAUAUAAUAGAAUUCAGAUGAUACAAAAGAUGAUCUUGUCUGCUUGAAACUGAAAGGUAUCGUUUUCACUUUUUAUCGUAAUCUUUACUUAUACUUCCAAUGAGAAAAAUAAUAUAUACUAUAAGUAAUAUAUAUAUGUACAAAUAUUCUCACCCUUACACAAUCACACACGUAUACACAAGUUUAUAUAAUUAGAAGAAUACAUAUAUUGUGACAAUAUUUAUAAUCGUACAGACCUAAUUAAGUAGUCACCCUUUUGAGUUUUGUGUCUCACAUCCUACUACACUAGAUAGAUAGAGUGCCUACUAAUGCAAAAGUCCUAUCUAAUUAAUUAUUUACAAUAUUAUAGUCAGGGACAGAUAGGGGAUUAAUUGCAUUUAAAACAUUUAGUGAGGGUUUUUUAUAAAAUAAAAUAAUAAAGAUGUUGAUAGUGAUAUUUAAUGCUUCCAUUUUUAUAAAGGAAACAAAUAAAAUUAUUAAAGCUGCUGCAAAUGUAUUUUAUUUUAAUUGGAGUAUACCCUUGUUCUCCAUGUGACUUAACUCUUCUUUUGCUUGGUAAAAAUAUAUAUUUAUGAAUUGUCACGUAUUUUAUGAAUUUAGAUUUGACUCACUUUCAUUAUAUCUCAUUACAUUGUAAAGGUGUUUAUGUGCUGAGACGAACUUCAAAGAAACUUUUUUGGCAACAGUUUGCAAGAGAUGGAUAAAACUUGGGUCCAUCUUAACAGAGCUACAAAGGAAUAUGAGAAUGGAGCUAGGGAGUUUGUGAAGAAUGCAAUAAUUAAUGCUGGUUUUCCUAAUAAGAUUCUUUGUCCUUGCAACAAAUGCCAGAAUUUAAGACAUCAACUUUCAAAUGAAGUUGUUGAACACUUGGUAGUGUAUGGCAUGGACAAAUCUUAUAAAACAUGCUUCCAUCAUGGAGAAGAUCUACAUCAAAAUAGCACGACAAAUAGAGGGCCUUCAAAUGAUGUAUUUCAAACUGCUGAAGUAUAUUCGACUAAUGAUGUUGAAGCAUAUUCGACUAAUGUUGAUGAUUUAGAUUAUGAUAAUAGCGAUGAAGAUUUUAAUAGGCUAUUGUUGGAUGCAGAAUCACCAUUGUAUGAAGGUUGCUUAAAGUACACUAAACUUUCAUCUAUUGUUGGCCUAUAUAAUCUGAAAACAAAGCAUGGAGUCUCAGAUGUUUGUUUCACUGAGAUGUUGGAGAUGAUCAAAGCUAUGUUGCCAGAAGAUAAUCUACUUCUAACAUCUAUGUAUGCAGUUAACAAGUUUCUGAAGAAGUUUAAUCUUAACUAUAAGCAUGUCCAUGCUUGUGUUAAUGAUUGUUGUUUGUUUACAAAAGAAAAUAUUGAUGCCUAAGAAUGUCCCAAGUGUAAUUCUUCAAGAUGGAAACAAAAUGUGCACACAAAUGAGAUUUUACUAGGCCAACCUACAAAGUUGUUGAGAUAUUUUCCCAUUACACCAAGGUUUCAAAGGAUGUUUAGAUCCAAGGAGACAGCUACAAGUCUAAAGUGGCAUUUUACUAAUAAAAGCACAGAUGGGAAGAUGCGCCACCCAGUAGAUUCAGAGGCUUGGGAUGCAAUUAAUGAGAGAUGGCCAGAUUUUUCACUUGAACCUAACAACCUUCGAUUAGGACUUGCUGCUGAUGGCAUUAACCCUUAUAAAAGUAUGAGUUCUGCAUACAGCUGCUGGCCAGUAAUGCUCGUUGUAUACAAUUUACCACCUUCAUUGUGCAUGAAGGACGAGUUUACAUUUCUAUCUAUGUUGAUUCCUGGACCAAAGCAACCUGGAAAUGAUAUAGAUGUUUAUUUGGAGCCUUUAAUAGAUGAAUUACUUGAAUUAUGGAACGGCGUUUAUGCGUAUGAUGCUUCUACGAAGAAAUUUUUCAAUUUAAGAGCAAUGUUGCUAUGCUUCUACAUUUAUUAUUAUUAUUU